AUGUCCAAGAUCCCUCCAGCACAGCUGUCAGAGGCCAUUCAGGCCGUCCUGAGCACCCGCAAGGAGCGCAAGUUCAAGGAGAGCAUUGAUCUGCAGGUGAACCUGAAGAACUACGACCCCCAGAAGGACAAGCGUUUCUCCGGCUCUAUUCGUCUUCCUCACGUCUGCCGUCCUCGCAUGACCGUCUGCCUGCUGUGCGACCUUGUGCACGAGGAUAUCGCUAAGAAGAACGACGUGCCGACGAUGAACCAGGAAGAGCUGAAGAAGCUGAACAAGAACAAGAAGCUCGUGAAGAAGAUGUGCAACAAGUAUGAUGCGUUCUUGUGCUCAGAGUCCAUCAUCAAGACGGUGCCCCGUCUUGUGGGUCCUCACAUGCAUCGUGUUGGUAAGUUCCCAACAGUGUGUGCGAUGAGCGAGAGUCUGCCUGAGAAGGUGCUUGAGCUUCAGUCCACUGUUAAGUUCCAACUGAAGAAGGUGCUUUGCCUUGGUACAUGUGUGGGUCAUGUGGAAAUGACAGAGGAUCAGGUGCGUCAGAACACUGUUAUGGCACUCAACUUCCUCGUCUCACUCCUGAAGAAGAACUGGCAGAACCUCAAGUCUGCGUACAUCAAGUCCACAAUGGGUAAGCCACAACGCAUCUACUAG